GGAGACUACAUCGGAUCCAACAUUGAGAUUUCAUGGAUGCCCAACUUGGAUGGAUUAAUGAAAGGAUAUGCAAGGAAUUUUAGGCCUGGAAUUGGAGGUCCCCCUGUGACUGUUGCUGUUGACGUUGAGGUCACCAGUAUUGACCAUAUCUCGGAAGUGAACAUGGAGUACACGAUGACGGUGUACCUGCGGCAGAGCUGGCGGGACGAGAGACUUUCCUAUAACCACACAACGAAAACUCUUGGCUUUGACAGCAGAUUUGUUGAGAAACUCUGGGUCCCGGAUACUUUUAUCGUGAAUGCCAAAUCUGCGUGGUUUCAUGACGUUACCGUGGAAAACAAGCUGAUCAGACUGCAGCCGGAUGGCGUCAUCCUAUAUAGCAGCAGAAUUACUUCCACGCUCUCUUGUGACAUGGACCUGACCAAGUACCCCAUGGACGAGCAGGAGUGCAUGCUAGACCUGGAGAGCUAUGGCUAUUCUGCGGAGGAUAUACUGUACCAAUGGUCAGAAAACCAAGAGCAGAUCCAUGGUUUGGAUAAACUUGAGCUCGCCCAAUUCACCAUCACGAAAUACAGGUUCACAAAACAGCAAAUGAAUUUUAAAUCAGCUGGUCAGUUUCCAAGACUGACCCUUCGCUUCCAGUUGCGAAGAAAUAGAUGGGUUUACAUUAUACAGUCCUAUGUACCAUCCAUCCUGCUGGUGGCCAUGUCUUGGAUUUCGUUCUGGAUCAGCCAGUCAGCAGUUCCUGCAAGAGUUUCACUAGGUAUCACAACUGUACUCACAAUGACGACUCUGAUGGUGAGUGCACGCACAUCUUUGCCUAGAGCAUCUGCCAUCAAAGCCCUAGAUGUCUACUUUCUUAUUUGUUACGUGUUUGUAUUUGCGGCCCUGGUGGAAUAUGCUUUCGCUCACUUUAAUGCUGAUUACGCGAAGAAGCAAAUAAAAACCAAGGCGGAAAAACGAGUCAAAGAGGUGGCUAUGGAGGAUGCCAGAUAUGCCAUUGUGUUGUUGACCCUUUCGGUGCUUGGAAUGAACCCAAAUGCAUUUAUAAGCAAUUUGCCAGACAAAGAUGAAGUAACAAUGAGAAGAUCUGAAGAUGCAACUAAGCAGCACAAAUUCAUGCGUCGUGAUAGCACACGUGAGAAGAAGGGCAGGUUUAACCAUCUACUGAAGCCUAUAGAUGCUGAUACCGUUGAUAAUUAUUCCAGGGCACUUUUCCCUGUAGCCUUCGGUGCAGUUAACAUAAUCUACUGGUUGGGGUAUGCUACAAAGUAGAUCAGACAUACUUAUGAUGUCACCAGAGACCAUAGCAGUAAAACUGAUGCUUUUUUUUUCUUUAAAAAGUGGUUGUCUAUAGUUGGUUAUCCCAAAUAAACAACAGAACCAGCACCUGAUGUGAUAUAUGAUAAAUAAUAAAGGAUAU